AUCAUGCUCUCUAGUGUGUGUAUAGAUAAGCCUGACUAGGUGUAAAUUAUAUCUCAACACCAAUCGGUUCACGUAUGCUAACUAUAGGAUAAUCAAUUAGUGCUAGGAAAUAGGAUUAUCUUGAUGAGUUAUCAUAUUUAAAAUAUCCACUGUGAUUGCUUAUCUUGAUAUCAACGUGAUUUUUGUAUGGAAGAGGAUAGACAGGUGCUUUACAUAAAGAUUUACUAUUACUACUAUUGCACAGACUCACACAUAUAGAAAUAAAUACACAUGUACACACAAGUAUGUAUGUAUGCAUGCAAAGCAUAAAGGUGUGAGCUUAAACAAACCGUAUUGAUUUCAACAUUCAUUUGUAAAACACACUGAAACUAUUACGAUGACUGACUGAUUCAUGAUAGAGUUAACAUCACAUCAUUAUUGUAUUACUUUUGCCAAUGUUAGUGCAUAUCUUUAAAAUAAACAGAUGAAUUUCAAUUUUUGGAAAAAUAUUCUUAUUUAACUAGAUAGGUGAAAAAUAACAUAAUAACAAUAUAAUCUAAGAAACGCACCAUACUUAAUUUUGCUUAAAUGACGGAAAUAUUUUCAGCUGAUUUCUAAUUUCAAAUCAAUUCAUUUUUUUUUAUUUAAAGAAUUUCAAUGGAAAGUCAAACAUUAACUUCUACAACUUUAUCACGUUCGGAUUCGCCAGGUUCUCUGAUGAACGAACGUACCUCGGAUACUUUACAAUCAUCCCCCACCGUUCGAAUAGCCUAUAGUCCAAGACUUGAAUUAUCUAAUCCCCGAGACAAAAAUGAUGUUAAUAAUAGUAAUAAUAAUAACAAUAAUAAUACUGAUAAUGGUGAACGUCAAAAAAGCAUUGAUAAAUCUGAGAAAAUCUUUCUUCUCCCAGGCACUGAACGUGUCGUUAAAGUCACUAAAAAAUUUGCUUUUUCUAAUGAUAACAAAGAGUACAUAGGUGAUGAAAAUGAAGUCUACAUUGACAAUGAUGAAUAUGAAGAAAAUAAAACAGAAAAUAAAUAUUACAAAACAAAUGUUUCAUUACAUAAAAGACAUCGUGUUUCACAUCGAUCUGGUCAUAGUCGUAAACAACAUCAUUAUCAACAUCGUCAACGUCAUCAUCAUCGACGUCAUCAGCAUUCUUCUGACCAACAAGAGAGUAUACAAUCACCACCAGUUAGUAAUGGAUAUAAAAAACCUGCAACAUCAUCUGUCCUCAGUUCUAUCACAUAUAAUCCAACUAAUAUAGAUCAAAAACGUGUUGUAAGUCGGUUAGAAUUCAUUGCUCCUGAACAUCUUCAGUCAGAUACAAAUGAGAAUGGUAAUACAUCAGGUGAAGGAUACCUUGACAUGAACAACGAUAUGCAUUCUUAUGUGACUUCACAAAGUAAAGGUAAUCGUUCACCUGGAUUUAAACAAAGUCAAUUAUUUAUGCCUGUCAGCCGUAGUAGCAGUAAACGCAAAUAUCUAAAUAAAGGCGCUAAAAAUUAUGAACGUUCACACUCAUCUUUAAAUAGGCUUAAUUCACGUACAUCAGUGGAAUCAAGUAUCUGUCGAAAGUGUCACAGUGUUAUCUGUCCAAGAUGUCAUGAAAGUGUGAAUACUUUAAAUCAUGACCAUUAUGAUUCUAGAUCAUUAAACCGUGCUGAUGCUUAUUGUAAUCGUAAAGUGAAUGGAAUAAGUUGUCCUUCAUUGGAUCAUGUAUGCCCGUUUAUUUUAAAUCAAAAAUACAAGUCAUUAAGUAAUUCUAGGAUGCAAAUAACACCUGGACUUCAUCACCAUCAUCAUCAUCUUCACCAUCGACAUAUGUGUUUGGCUAAAUCUGUACCAUCGCUGAGUACACUUGAUCUAUAUGAUACACAUCCUGAUUAUCUAAGUAUACAUAGUGUAGGAUCUAACCGAUUGACAAAUCGUAUGGAAAUUGAAUACAUGCAAAUUGAAGGUGAUGAAAAUUUAAGUAAGACAUUAUCACCAGCAAAACUGAAUUGGAUUACAGACUUAGCACGUCAAUCGUUAAAUAAAUCGAAAGAUCUUGACACAGUAGCUAAAAUGAUGAAAGAAAGUUUGGAUGAAGAGUUUGGCAAAUUGUGGCAUUCCAUUGUAGGUUCUGAUUCAUACGGUAGUAAUUUAGCCACUCUACCAGGAGCACUAAUCAGUUUCAGAGUUGAUAAAUGGGCUUUUCUACUUUGGCAAACAUGAUUUCUUUUCAUAAAUAUAUAUAUAUAUAUUGAGAACCAUGAAAGGAAACACCAAAACACUAUUCCUGCUAAUCUUCUCAUCAAAAAUUAUCUUUUGUUACUUUUAAACUCAUUUUAUACACACCAAUCAUAAUUUAAUUUUGAAAGUAUAAAAACUGUUUAAACAAACAUUUCUCAUCAUAUUACAUUGAAUACUAUUGAAACAUUGUAAGUGUCUCACCUUUUCUUCAACGGUGGUUUAAAUGAUUCACUUAAUAAAUUUAAGGAAAUGAACCUUUUUAAACGUCUCAUAAUUUAUUUGAAUUUUUUCCCCAAUCAUUAUUAAUUAAAGCCU